GAACAUCAAUCGCGACAAGAAGUUACAGAACCGAUCUCGACAGCGCCCACACGGCAAGCAAUUGCGACACCACAGCCAAUUGACUCUGCCAUUGCUCACAUAACCGUAGCCAUGGCGAGCAAGCUGACUCCAUUCCUCAUGCGGACCGCCAUCCGGUCCGCGAGCCGCACAUCACGGCCGCCGCUGUCGGCCCAAAUCCGCUCGAUUUCCAUUUCGCCGAGGAAACAGAGCGAUGCCCUCAUGGUGCAUCGCAACACACCCGACAACAACCCCGACAUUCCUUUCAAGUUCACCGAACAGAACGAGGCGAUUAUCGCCGAGAUCCUCAAGCGCUACCCUCCACAGUACAAGAAGGCGGCGGUAAUGCCCCUGCUCGACCUGGGCCAACGGCAGCAUGGCUUCACCAGCAUCAGCGUCAUGAACGAAGUGGCGAGGAUCCUUGAGAUGCCCCCAAUGCGUGUGUACGAGGUGGCCUCCUUCUACACCAUGUACAACCGGACACCAGUGGGCAAGUUCCACGUCCAGCUUUGCACAACGACACCCUGCCAGCUCGGCGGCUGCGGCAGUGAUGCCAUCGUGAAGGCCAUCAAGGAACACCUGGGCAUCAAGCAGGGCGAGACGACGCCCGACGGGCUCUUCACCUUCAUCGAGGUCGAGUGCCUGGGAGCCUGCGUCAACGCGCCAAUGGUGCAGAUCAACGACGACUACUACGAGGAUCUGACGCCCGAGAGCAUCAAGUCGCUCCUGACGGCUUUGAAGGAGAGCGUGAUGGAUGUGAGCAAGGCCGACAAGGUGCCCAAGCCUGGCCCGCUGAGCGGGAGGCACACAUGCGAGAACAGCGCCGGCAUUACAAGCUUGACGAGCGAGCCGUGGGGUAUUGAGAAGACAAGAGAGGAUCUGUAGACUAACGACAUAUAUAGGGAGGCGAUGAGGGAGGUAUUGUACAAAUCAACAGAGAACGAUCUGGGCAUUGUGCUCAAUAUUGGGCUAUCUGGGACCGCAAACAAAAGCAUGCUUGAUAGACUACGCAAAGUUCACUCAUUAUGGAUCAAUGCAUACAGGCUCAAGUCUUGUCUUGUACCUUGGAUUGCCCUCGACAUAUUACAACUAAACCAAUUUCAUUUCAAACA